CCCAUAGCAUGUGUAUAUAUAAAUCCUAUCUCUAAAAAUGUGAGCUAUCUCUAAUCUCACUUUCUCUCACAACAGACCGAGAUCGCCAAGAGAUUAAACGCCAUUAUCGCGCAAGUCCUGCCCUUCCUCUCCCAAGAACAUCAACAGCAAGUGGCCACCGCUGUCGAAAGAGCUAAACAAGUUACUAUGACUGAGCUCAAUGCUAUAAUCGGGCAACAGAUGCACGCCCAGGCUGGCAUACCCCAUGGCGCCCACGCUCCAACUCUACCCAUGGCGCCACAUCCUUCCCUGGGGGCAAUGCCGGGUCUGCCCCCAUCCUCGGGUGCCCCAGCGGGUCUCCUCAACGCAGUCUCGUCCGCCUCCCUCAUAGGCCUACCCCCUCACCUCGGCAUGUCCUCGGUCCUGGGCAAGCCGGAUCCCCUUAGGCCUGAUGAUAAGAGAGAUAGACUUGAGGAGAGUCGAGCAGCGGCGGCCUUGUUGGAGGAGAGAGUGCGUAACAACAGCUCGCCCGGGGAGAAGUACCGCCCUCGGUCGCGCACUCCGGACGACCACGACGCAAAGAGACGCAAGGAGGAGAAGGUGCACGACUCGGACGGGGAGAAGAGCGACCAAGACCUCGUGGUGGACGUGGCCAACGAGGACCCCAACACCCCUCCUCCCCAAGCCAACGGAGAUCACAGGGAGGUGAGGGAGAAUGGGGAGAAGAAGCCGGAGCGCCCCCCCUCUCAGAGCUCCUCCUCGCGCUCUACUCCCCAGCUCAAACACGAGAAGGUCACAGGUUACGACCCCCACAACCCCGUACGGCCGCCCCCCCUGACCUCGAACGGCAUCCCCGCCAAUGGCUCCGCUGGGAAACCGGCGUACAGCUUCCACGUGAACGGCGAGGGUAACCUGGUGCCCGUGCCCUUCCCCGGCGACGCCCUCAUCGCGCCCGGCAUCCCGCGGCACGCGCGCCAGAUCAACACGCUGCACCACGGCGAGGUGGUGUGCGCCGUCACCAUCAGCAACCCCACCAAGUACGUGUACACGGGCGGCAAGGGCUGCGUCAAGGUGUGGGACAUCUCGCAGCCCGGCUCCAAGUCGCCCGUCUCGCAGCUCGACUGUCUGCAGCGGGACAACUACAUCCGCUCCGUCAAGCUGCUGCCCGACAUGCGCACCCUCAUCGUGGGCGGCGAGGCUUCCACGCUGAGCAUCUGGGAUCUAGCCACGCCCACGCCGCGUAUCAAGGCCGAGCUUAUCUCGUCAGCGCCGGCCUGCUACGCGCUAGCCAUCUCGCCGGACUCGAAGGUCUGCUUCAGCUGCUGCAGCGACGGCAACAUCGCCGUGUGGGACCUGCACAACCAGACGCUGGUGCGGCAGUUCCAGGGCCACACGGACGGCGCCUCCUGCAUCGACAUCUCGCCGGACGGCACCAAGCUGUGGACGGGCGGCCUGGACAACACCGUCCGCUCCUGGGACCUGCGCGAGGGCCGCCAGCUGCAGCAGCACGACUUCACCAGCCAGAUCUUCUCCCUGGGCUACUGCCCCACCGGCGAGUGGCUAGCCGUGGGCAUGGAGAGCUCCAACGUGGAGGUGCUGCACGUCAACAAGCCGGACAAGUACCAGCUACACCUGCACGAGUCAUGCGUGCUCUCGCUCAAGUUCGCCAACGCCGGAAAAUGGUUCAUCUCGACUGGGAAGGACAACCUCCUCAACGCCUGGCGGACGCCGUACGGAGCCUCCAUAUUCCAGAGCAAAGAAUCGUCGUCGGUGCUGAGUUGUGACAUUUCAGCCGACGACCACUAUAUCAUCACGGGUUCGGGCGACAAGAAAAGCACAGUCUAUGAAGUGAUCUACUGAGUGUGUGUGUGUGUGUGUGUGUGUGUGUGUGUGAGUGAGUAUGUGUUGGUUAUCUUCAAGCGCGCACACAUACGCACACACAUAAAUACGUUCAUGUUUUGUUUUGUCGUGUGUGUGUGUGUGUGUGUGUGUGUGUGUGUGUGUGUGUGUGUUUAAUUUUACAUACAAGGUCAUUCACGGUUUUUUUUCGGUAUCAGUAUGUGUGUGUGUGUGUGUGUGUGUGUGUGUGUGUGUGUGUGUGUAAGUUGCCAUAAGAUAACACGCACAUGUGACCAUUUUUUCACACACACACACACACACACACACACACACACACACACACACACACACACACACACACACACACACACACACACACACACACACCUGCCCCUAACUACAACACAGCGGGCUAAUGAGAUGCCUAACUUACCAUCACCUGCCCUAAUCACCUUACCUUCCUUGGCCCUAAUUAACCUAACCUUACCUGAGCCGUUUUCCAGGUAAGGUCUUGCUAAUUAAGGCCCAGGUCACGGGUUGUCCAGGUGAGAAUUUAGUCAGUCAGGUAACACGGAGGUAAUUUGACACCUAAGCAUUACUAAUUGGGUUACCUGUGGGCCGAGAACACCUGUGGAAAUGUGUGUGUGUGUGUGUGUGUGUGUGUGUGUGUGUGUGUGUGUGUGUUAAUUGAUUGUCAUUCUCAGGUGUAGGGAAUCAUCAGGGAGAGAGAGAGAGAGAGAGAGAGAGAGAGAGAGAGAGAGAGAGAGAGAGAGAGAGAGAGAGAGAGAGAGAGAUUCACGCACAUACACACACAUAUAUAAACAUAGUGACAUCCGUGUGUGUGUGUGUGUGUGUGUGUGUGUGUGUGUGUGUGUGUGUGUGUGCGCAGACAUUCCUACCUAAUCAAACAAAGACAGAAACAAACAUAUCCAAACGGGCAUUAUAUUACCUGUAAACAAACAAACAAACGAACGAACACUUGGUUGUAUUAUUUAUAGUGACAGACAGAGACAGACUGACAGAGAGAGAGAGAGAGAGAGAGAGAGAGAGAGAGAGAGAGAGAGAGAGAGAGAGAGAGAGAGAGAGAGAGAGAGAGAGAGAGAGA